ACGCUCCUAACAACAUUAUAAUAGUUAAAAAUGAAUCCGCUUUUCCUGUCAGGGAAACUACAGAAACCAUCCAACAGCAAUAAAUGGAAGCUCUCUAGAAUCUUUGGAAUCUGAAUUUGGAAGAGAUCGAUUCACAGAAUGGACAAAAUGUGGCUCAUCACUUGUUUCAUUGCCGUGCAAGCACUACAGACUGAAGGUAUCAAACUGCAUCUAGAGUCAAAAAAGGACAAAGUUCAAAUUGAUGAAACUACACAUUUUGAGGUUACAAUAACAGAACGUAAAGGAUCAUCAAAUGGUACCAUAGUGGUUAUGAUAAAUAACACCAAGCCAGGAAUAAUUGAAGUGCCAAAAAGGGUUCAUGUGCCUCCUCUUUAUGAAAAGCAUUCAGUGACUGUCAAAGGGAUUGGAAUUGGAAAAGCUACCAUUUUGUGUCAUGUGCAAAAUGAGACCAAUUCAAAUAGCCAUUCUAGUUUGGACAUAAGAGUGGUACACUCCAUGCCUCUAUAUAUCAUUAACCAAGUGAUUGGCUGGCUGUAUUUUGUGGCAUGGUCCAUUUCAUUUUAUCCUCAGGCAUUUCUCAAUUGGAAGAGAAAAAGUGUUGUAGGUCUCAAUUUUGACUUCUUGGCCUACAACCUCACAGGAUUUUUAGCUUAUGGUUUUUUUAAUGUAGGCAUGUUCUGGGUACACGAGGUUCAGCGUGAAUAUUUUGCAAAGCACCCUGGCGGGGUUAACCCGGUGCAAGCCAAUGAUGUAUUUUUUACUGUCCAUGCUGUUGUUCUUACUGUUAUAACAAUUUUUCAGUGUUUCAUUUAUGAGCGUGGAGAUCAGAAAGUGUCUCUGAUAUCUAAGGUCCUGCUAAGUGGCACGUGGCUGUUUGCGGCAGUGGCAUUAGUAGUGACAAUUUGCCAUAAAAUUGAGUGGCUCACUUAUCUAUAUUAUUUCUCAUAUAUCAAAAUUGGUGUAACUCUUAUCAAGUAUAUUCCACAGGCAUGGAUGAACUAUAGACGUCAAAGUACUGCUGGCUGGAGUAUUGGUAAUAUUCUUCUAGAUUUUACGGGAGGAUCCUUGAGUAUUCUACAAAUGUUCCUUUUAGCCUACAAUAAUGAUGAUUGGAAGUCUAUAUUUGGUGACUUUACCAAGUUUGGUUUGGGAGCUAUAUCAAUUCUAUUUGACUUGUUAUUCAUUGUUCAGCACUAUUGUCUUUACGGAUCAAAGCAUCAGAGAUAUGAAGUAAUUGUAGAAAGCAUAGAUCCUGAGGAACACACUGAGAAAGCACUGAAUUCUUAUGGAGCAAUUUGUCCAUAGCUUGUUAUUGCUUUUUCACAUGAUUUGAAAUGUUCAAACAAGAAACUUUUUAUUCACUAGUAUCCGUAGGUUUUUAAUUCUACAGCAGAAUUAAUCCUCAUUACAGUACAUUUUCUGUUCAAGGAACAUGUACUGUGAACUGAAAGAAACUUACUUCAUUAAUACUUGCAUUGAAGGGGCAUUGUUGUUCAGUCAUUAUUAUUGUCUAGGGGACAAUGGCGCACAGUAUUACAAUGGUAACUAGUUGUUUCACCAAUGAGUUGUUUCACCAAUGACCUGUUUGCGAAUGUCCGAGUUCAUUUUGCCAACUUCUCAAGGAAGUUAGCUAAGGCCUCAUAGGCCCUUAAUUCACUAACCUAUUUAACAAAACGUUUAGUGAUUCCAUUCGCUGAGGUUAAGCAACUUCUACUCAACCAAAAAGUCACAGUUCAUUUCAAUAGUUGUCUAACUGACUGCAAUUCAUUACAAUUUGUAUUCAUUAAAUAGCAAGCUCGUAUGUCAGUAAAAAAAAAGGACACAAAAAUUAAUAGAAGAAUAAAUGCAUGGCUAUGAAUAAAUGAGGAGGAUAAUUUUUGUAACAUUUCUUCUCAAGGGAUGUCAUGCAAUGAUCAGAUAUUGUCUUAUAUUAUUUAUGUCCUAAAUACCCUGGAGCUUAGAAAUAAUUUAUUGAGCCACAAAAAAUUUUAUGACAUGGAUUUUUAUGAUUUUAAUAUUUUUUAACUGGGAGUGUCUAAUUUUCAAUUUUCAGUGGAGAAGAUAUAAAAUAAGGUUACCUCAACACAAAUCAAGUCCUCAAAUAUUUACUGUGUUUGAAAGUGCACAUAUGUACAUGCGAUCAAAUGCUGAGUAUGGUGCUUGACAUAUUUUUCAAAAUGAAAUAUGUGAAAUAAAAGGGAUUCUUUAAAAAUGCAAAUUCAAGGAAAGGAUCUUGUUUUUGUAAUAGUUUGACUGGUUAGUUGAGUAAUGGCAGGCAUCUGAAGGUCCACUCCUAUAGCAAAGCAGCCCCU